UUUACCUUAAAAUAUAUACAAAAUAUCAGUAUAUUAAUUGUGGGUUAUUCUAGCUUUAAACUUGAAAUACAUAUUUAUUAUCUUGAAUUAACUUAGUUUCCAAUAUGGCUAUGGAUGAACACUUGAUUGCAACCAUUAAUAAACUUCAAGAUGCCUUGGCACCUCUUGGAGGAGGUUCUUCUUCCCCAGUUGAUUUGCCACAAAUUACUGUUGUUGGUUCUCAAUCUUCUGGUAAAUCUUCAGUUCUUGAAAACAUUGUCGGACGUGAUUUCCUUCCUAGAGGUACUGGUAUUGUUACCAGAAGACCGCUCGUCUUACAAUUGAUCAACCGUAGAUCUACUACAAAGGAUAAGGGAGACGACCUUCUUGAUUUAAACACCACCAAGCCAAAUGGUGAAACCUCAGAAAACAAUGCUGAUGAAUGGGGUGAAUUUCUUCAUAUUCCAAACAAGAAGUUUUAUAAUUUUGAAGACAUUAGAACUGAAAUUGUUCGUGAAACUGAUGCUAAGACUGGUAAAAACUUGGGAAUUUCUCCAGUACCAAUUAAUUUAAGAAUUUAUUCUCCACAUGUUCUUACAUUAACUUUAGUUGAUUUACCAGGGUUAACCAAGGUUCCAGUUGGAGAUCAACCAAAAGAUAUUGAAAGACAAAUCAGAGAAAUGAUUAUGAAGUUCAUUUCCAAGCCAAAUGCCAUCAUUUUAUCAGUUAAUGCAGCCAAUACCGAUUUAGCCAAUUCUGAUGGGUUGAAAUUAGCUAGAGAAGUUGACCCUGAAGGAUCUAGAACAAUUGGUGUUUUGACCAAGGUUGAUUUGAUGGAUCAAGGUACUGAUGUCAUUGACAUUUUAGCCGGUAGAGUUAUUCCAUUAAGAUUUGGUUACGCACCAGUUAUAAAUAGAGGUCAAAAGGAUAUUGAAUCAAAGAAAACUAUCAGAGAUGCUUUGAAAGAUGAAGCUCAAUUUUUUGAAAAUCAUCCAUCUUAUAAGGCUAAAGCUCAUUUUUGUGGUACCCCAUAUUUAGCUAAGAUGUUGAACGGAAUUUUAUUACAUCAUAUUAAGAGCACUUUACCAGAUAUUAAGAUGAAGAUUGAACAUUCAUUAAAGAAAUAUCAAAAUGAAUUGAGUCUUUUAGGUCCAGAAUUAGCUGAAUCUCCUACUUCAAUUGCUCUUAAUAUGAUUACAAACUUCACUAAAGAUUAUAAUGGAAUUUUAAGUGGUGAAUCAAGAGAAUUAAGUUCUCAAGAAUUGAGUGGUGGUGCACGUAUUUCAUUUGUUUUCCAUGAAAUCUUCAAGAAUGGGAUUAAUUCUUUAGAUCCAUUUGAUCAAAUUAAAGAUGGUGAUAUUAGAACCAUUAUGCAUAAUACAUCAGGUUCUGCACCAUCCUUAUUUGUUGGUACUCAAACUUUUGAAGUUCUUGUUAAACAACAAAUCCAUAGAAUGGAAGAACCUUCAAUUAGAUGUGUUAAUUUAAUUUUUGAUGAAUUGGUUCGUAUUUUAUCACAAAUUAUUAGUCAACCACAAUACUCUCGUUAUCCUCAAUUAAAGGAACAAUUGAGUCAAUUUUUCAUUCAAUAUUUAAGAGAUGAAUUAGUUCCAACUAAUGCCUUUGUUACUGAUGUUAUUAAGGCUGAAGAAACUUAUGUGAAUACUGCUCAUCCAGAUCUUUUAAAGGGAUCUCAAGCAAUGGCAAUUGUUGAAGAAAAAUUCCAUCCUAAACCUCAAGUUGCAGUUGACCCUAAGACUGGUAAGCCAUUACCACCAAGUCAACAACCACCUCAACCAACUGUGCCAGCCGGAUCUAAAGAUGAAUCUAAUGGAUUUUUCGGAGGAUUCUUUUCAUCAAAGAACAAGAAGAGAUUACAAUCAAUGGAAGCUCCACCUCCAGUGUUGAGAGCUACAGGAACCAUGUCAGAAAGAGAAACAAUGGAAACUGAAGUUAUUAAAUUAUUAAUUUCUUCAUAUUAUAACAUUGUUAAGAGAACUGUUUCAGAUGUUGUACCAAAGGCAAUCAUGUUGAAAUUAAUUCUGAAAUCGAAAGAUCUGAUUCAAAAGGAACUUUUAGAAAAAUUAUAUAAUUCUCCUGAUUUAGCUGAUUUAGUUAAGGAAAAUGAACUGACUGUUCAAAAGAGAAAGGAAUGUUUAAAGAUGGUUGAAGUUUUGAGAAAUGCUAGUGAAAUUGUUUCAAGUGUUUAA